CGGUAUUCCCUCUUUAUUUUCGUUUCAAUGUUCACCGGUUUGCUUCCACAUUCGUUCACGGACUCACGUGGAGAGCCUUGGCGCGAACCCUUGACAGCUCUUCAGCUCUCCCUUGGCGUGGGCGGCUGCCCAACUUUCCCCUCUUCGGGGGUCGAGAGAAGCGCCAAAAAAUCGUUUACUUCGUUUCUCUGUCGUGAACCGUAGUCGCAACUUACAGCCCACGACUGGGACUCGUUUGAGGAGCCUCUGGCUGUCGCAGCACACCUUAAACUCGAACGUCAAAUUCGUCUGUGCAUUCGCUAGACGUCGUCUGUCGCACAACCAAGGAGAGAAGGCGGAAGAAAUCAAGUCAAGACAGAGAGAAACGGCCUCCGGCGAGAGCACCAGAAACCUCGCAUUUAUAGUGGCCGCUCGGUGAAACGAUGAUCUGUGAUCCAAGCGCUCUCAAGGCGAGAAGCGGUGACUUCCUAAAGGGGUGAAUUUGCCAGAGGAACAAAGGAGACUUUUCAUGGCACUUCGCAGCAGUUUUUCUUCACCACCAGUUCCCACUGGAAAGGAGACCGAGUGUUUGACAGGUCUCUUCCGUCGACAUAUCUUCUGUGGAGCUCGUCCGGGGCGUUGAGUCCCUUCUUCCGCUCCGCGUUUCUUCACCGACCUUCGAGUUUUUCACAACAUCGUACCAGUCCCGAAGAACUUUUUUCUCACCGCCACUUUCGUAGAGGAAACCUGUCGUCGCAUGCUCCGUUUCCUUCGUGGCCCGAUGGCCUCCGCUGGCUCGCGCUGUUUCGCUCUUGCCUAAAUGCUCUUUCCGCUGUUUGCACAGCUCCCGGGUUUCUCUCAGUUCGCUCGUGGUCGCUAUGGCCACCUCAACUCGACACUUCUGUUAACUGACACGGUGCAGAGCUUUCGGUUUUCUUUUCACCAUGAAUUUUUCCAUUCCGUCUUUAGAUCGCCUCGUCGCGGGCGCCGACCCGAAGAAUCCAGACCGGACUUGCUGUGGAAAAAACGCGCUCCAGGCGUUGCUGGGCACCGUCACGCGAGUCGUUCGAGCCGCGAACGGCAUCCCCUCUGGAGAAGAAUAUUCCAUCAGAACGAGCAGUUCAGAGACUGCUACGCAACUCACACAUCAGGCAGCUGCUGAGGCGCUCGAGGUUCUGGGAGUCGCCGCGCGUCUGGCUGUGCCAGACACCCCUUUCUCAGACGCCGCUCGCAGAAACCUGUCGGCACACCGCAGUCUCUCUGGUGUAUGUACACUCGACGCAGCUAGCGGGCCGGAUGGGAGGCGCCAGGAUACUGUGCAGAACCUUUUUCCGGCUUUCCAGGACUUCCUCGACGACCUUCUGGACGACGUCGACCGAGCCCUGGCAUUCCACGAACGCAGUCCGAACGCGCCUUUGCCUCUGCUCACAGAGUCGAAGAAAAGCCUCACCGCUUCCACAGCUGGACUGUCGGGGGAGGAUGCCCGCAAGAAAGCGACUCGGAAAGACGCGCUCUUUCCGGAGGGGCACAUCACCGCGCUCUCUCUGGCUGUUUCCUCUAGCGCGUCUGGCGGCUCCGCGCGCCAAGCGAGUUCCAGCUGGGCUGCUCUCAGAAACCCCCAACUCGUACGCGAGCUCGCAGCCGCUGUCCGCAACCGACCGCAGCGGCAGUGGCUUCACUUGAUCGACAACUUCUCUCCAAGAUUCGUGCCGCGCCUCCCCGCCAAGCCGCACGCCCUCGCGCCCCUGCACCCGGCGAUCUGCCGCGCCCAGCGACUCCGCUCCAGACGCAUGCGCCGCCUUCGUCGGCUUAUAGACGGGGAAGAAGGCGAGUCGGAUGAGGAGCCCGACAGGGAGCUGGAGACGGCGGCGACGGUUUGCGGGGCGGCUGCCGACUCGUUCGGCGCGGGGGCAGAGGACGAGGGGGAUGUCCAGUCGUCAAAAAACACUCAAGACGACCGAGCCGCAGCAUCCAAGCAGGCUGCAGAGGCAUGCAGAGCGGCACCGCCUCCCUCUCAGCCGUCAGGUGUGUCGACACCCGUCGCCCUGCCGCCGGCGAUCUCUCUCCACCUUCACGGUCGCGGAGCCUUCCCGCUUGCGGGCUCCGGCGACGCGGGCGCCUGCGACUCCACCGGCCUGUCUCCUUCGGCGCGGAUGUCCAACGGGGGUGAGGAAACAGAGCCACUGCCGCACGUUUACGAAGCUGAGCUGCUCGCUUUGACAUGGACAGGGCCGAAUGGCGAGGCGGUCGAUGGAGUCUACGGAGGCCCUGACUUGUUCACGGUUUCCAAGCCGCGGCGGUGGAAGCCUUUGAAAGACACGCCGCUGGUGCGGAUUGCCGAGAAGGAAGAACUGCAGGAACUCGUCGACGAACUCUCUUCUGGCGCCCACUCGCUGGUGGCGAUUGAUCUGGAGCACCAUUCUUUCCACUCCUACCGGGGCUUCACUUGCCUCCUGCAACUCAGUACUCGCGAGAAAGAUUAUAUAAUCGACCCCUUUGCUCUCUUCGACCACCUGCACGUUUUGAACACGAUCACGGCGAAUCCAAAGAUCCUGAAAAUCUUCCAUGGAGCAGACAGCGACAUCAUUUGGCUGCAGAGAGACUUCAGCGUCUACGUGGUGAACAUGUUUGACACUUGCGUCGCUGCGCGCGCCUUGGCUGUACCCGGCGGAGCGUCGCUCGCUAAUCUGCUGCAGACCUACUGUCAUGUGGAGGCAAACAAGCAGUACCAGUUAGCUGACUGGAGACGCCGUCCCUUGACGCCUGAAAUGGAGACCUAUGCGCGGAGCGACACCCACUAUCUCCCCUUCAUCUUCGACGUGAUGAAAAACCAGCUUCUCUCCAAGCCUGAGUUAGGCGCCGCGUUGUCUCCUUCGGCUGUCACUGACUUUGACGGAACUCUGGAAGUCACUGAGGCUGGCAAGCAGAUCAUGAUGUUCACUAUGGAACGUAGUCGUGACGUCUGUCUGAAGCUCCACGUGGAGGCGCCUUUCGACGCCCCGGCAGAGGCGGAGGCUCUUCUCAAACGGACCCGCGCUGGUCUCUCUCCCCUCUCCUACGUCGUCUUUAUCGAACUCCUAAAGUGGAGAGACACUCUGGCGCGGCGCUUGGAUCGGAGCCCGGUCUCCCUGGCUACGCCGGCGCAUCUUCUUCUUCUCGCGCAAAAGCGACCCACUUCAGCAGUCGAGUUCGCCGCUGCAAUGCGGCCCGCUCCUCCGACUCUUCGUCAACACAUGCCAGAGCUGAUUCAAUUGAUUCAGAGGAGUCUGUCGGACUCUGAGGCGGCGCAGCGCGCUGCGAGUUGCUCGUCUCUGCUGUCUCCCCUCGUCGCCCCGGAAGCCAGUCCUCCACCGUCCGACUUUUUCGAUGAAAAGAAAAGAAAACGGAGGAGCACGGAGGAGGAAGACACGAGUUCCGGGAGCGACGAAGACCUUCUGCCGAAAGCCGCUCUCCUGCAGCGAGCAGCUGCUCAGGCUCGUCGCGCCGCGCAUGCGUCGGAUGUCUCUGGGGACGCUUCGCCGUCGGUGAAGAAGGAAUGUUACGGUCAGGACGAAACGUCACCUUCGCCUCGCAGCAGCUCCGACCCUCCGGACUCCGUCGAAGCAGCGCAGAAGGACGCCGAAGACGUUGCGUGCAGAGACUCGACUGACGCAACGCAGAGAGGCGAAAAGGCGCGUUUCCCUGAACGCAAGCGACGCAGACUGAUUGUCGCUGCGCGCGAUGAGGAGACGCAUGGCUCUGCGUGUCAACACAGCAAACUUGGAGCGCCUCAAGUGUCUCUCACCGUCGUCGCUCCGGACGCGGUUGACCGUGCCGCGUACCCCGACUUCCUCAUCCAGAGACGAGGCCUCAGCCACGGCGACUCCAGCGGCUCCCCUGUCCAUGAAGAUGCAGUCCAGCGCUGCGGCAGCGAUGUCUGCAGUCGAGUGUAUGCGGAGCUGAAGAUGGUUGAGCGCCACCAUCUGCUGGUUGGUCACGACAUUCUGAACGAUCCUGUCUCCUGUUUGCUUCCCUAUGCCUCUUCGGCGAACUCUGCCGCGCAUGCAAACAGCUCGAGAGAAGUCACUGCUGAGCCUGUCUCUCGCCAGCCGUUCGCCGGAGCCGCGGAUGCUGAAGGCGACGAGGAAACCGGCGACGCGGACCCGCAAGCGGAUUCGUCUGAAGUCUCCUUCUUCCCGCUCCUCUGCUCCCUGCCGGUGCCUCCUCCUCCGGCCGCGUUGCUGCGCGCUCUCGCAGACAGGUCGGAGACGGAUCCGGGAGAAGAAGAGGAUCCGAAGAGUCUGGAAGAGAAGGCUAAACGGGAAGCAGAGAGAGAAGAAGCAGGCGCUGAGGGAGACGUAGUUGUUGUCGCGCAGCAGAAGUGGAAGCGCAGGAACCGGAAACGCGGGCAAGGCAGCAGACGGGGAGAGUCGAAAAUUUCAGGCAGAGUCGAAAAAGAGCCAUCGGAGAACGAGAAGGGAGAGGGAGAACGCAACUCGGACAAGGUUACUCCGCCCGCGUCUGUGCAAGAGAAGAGUGGAAGAAAUGGGGAGGUUCCGUCUACCAAGAAAACAGGUCGAACAGAGAUAGCCGACUUGCCGCUUCUCGCACCCGACGACGCCUUGCCUCCGUCGACGCUGACGAAAAAGAAGGACUCUUGUCCACGGUCAAGGCCGACUGACGGGGAGAAAAGUGAAUCAGGUUCUGCGGCGAGAGCUGCUUCGACCAGCUCACCGUCUUUAAAAGCAGGAGUGGGCAAGAAGGUUGUUCUUGAGAGGACAUCAAAGGACGCAGGAGACGCUCGCAAACCGUCAAAGCGCGGAGCAGAGGAACGCCACACCGGAGCAGAGAGUGACAAAGAAGCAGAAGAAAACGGAGAAGACGAAGAGGUGUUGAGAUGGUUGCCGGCUGCGUUUCUGAAUAAACGUUUGAGUGCAGCGAGUCUCAGCGCACAAGGGAGAGGAAAGCGAGACAGCAUCCAGGAGGGAAAGACGGCUUUCCGCAGAGGAAGAAGGCAGCGCAAGUGAUUUUAGGGUCCUCAAGAACCCGGGAAGGUCCGAAAAAACAAGAUGCAAGCCCAGCGGCCUGACGUUGAAACUCGCGAGGGAACCAUCGUGUGUAGGUGAAUGCGCUGCACGAAUCAGACCAGCAGGACUCAAUGAAUGUGUGAAGUGACUUAGGAAUAGAAGCGGUCCACGUACCUCCGACGUCUCUAAGGCGGCGCUUCCACGGGGAACGGGAGGGGGAGAGAGACGCAGAGGACAAGAAGGCAAAACGAGAGGGUGGAGGAAGAAAAGUGAGAAGGAGAACGCGACGCAGGCAGAGGAAAAGAGCAGGAAGAGCCGGUAGACGGAGAGCAAGAGAAAGGGCGAGAAACCGAAGGAAGAAAAGGGGAAAACAAUGUGACAAAGACAGAGUAAACGCACAACGAAGAGGCACGGGGAACGGAAGGUGAAGCAAGGGAAGAGAGUUGAUGGAGGAGCUACAGAAAGAAUGAGGACACGGGGAGGAAAAGGUGCACAGUCAAGGAUGUGGAGUCGCGUAGUGGAAACGUAGGAAAAGCGAGCGAAGAGCGAGGAUUCGAGACACAGAGGAAGAUCGAAAGUGUGUUAAACUUAGAAGACGAAAGGAACGACAACGCCAUAAGGAACGUCUUCUCGACGCGUGUGGAGAACGAGACGCUAAAUAUAGGAGGUGAGUUCGUUGUCUCGAGUCUUGACAAAAGCGAGGACAGGCGUCCGAGAAACGGUUUUCGUUUUGUGUUUAUUGCCACGUUUGUUUUUAAUUGUUGGUGUGCUGUUCACGCCGAGAGAACCUUUGUGGACUCGCAAAUCCCGCGACCUUCUGUAGGCAACGUACUGCAGUGGCACUUGAAGUCACCCCCCGAAGCCCCAGUGGAGUGUGAAGACAGCUGAACGUCGUGAAUUUCAAAAUCCUG